AUGGCUGAGGCAGUAUUACAAGCAGUUAUUGAAUUGUUGUUGCCAAAUAACCGAAUCCCAAGAUGUGGUAAUCGAGUUAAAGUACAUCAAUCUUCCAGGCUUAAUAAAGGCGUCGAAGGACAAUUGGAAUAUAUUACCAAGUACUAUAAGUCAAUUGAGAAGGAAGAUGAAU